AUGUCCAAUGAUGCAGCAGCAGCCUCGUCGUGGAUUCCUCUGCUCUGCCUCGUCUUCGCCCGCUCGAGCUCGGCGAUGGAGUGCAACGGCGGCGACCGCGCCGCUCUGCUCAGGGUGAAGGCGCAGCUCGGCGACCCCGUCAGGCUCUCGUCGUGGCAGCCGUCGUCCGCCAACUGCUGCGCCUGGGAGCCGGCCGUCUUCUGCUCCGAGUCCGGCCGCGUCACCGGGCUGGCGCUCUUCUCCCUCGACGACGUCUCCGCCCCCGUGCCGCCGGCGCUCGGCGAGCUGACGGAGCUCGCGAUCCUCCAGGUCGAGUCGGUUCGCGGCAUGUCGGGCCCCAUCCCCCCCUCCUUCGCCAACCUCUCCCGCCUCGAGGACCUCGACAUCACCGGCACCUCCAUCUCCGGCCCGGUGCCGGCGGCGUACCUCGCCGGCGCCACCAAGCUCCGAACGCUCGUCAUCGCGGACAGCAAGCUCGCCGGGCCCAUCCCCCCGUCCCUCGCGGGCCUCCCCAACCUCAGGUACGUCGACCUCAGCGGCAACAUGCUCACCGGCGCCAUCCCGCCGGGGCUGCUGCACGGCAGCUACACGUUCUUGAUCCUGUCCCACAACCAGCUCACCGGCGAGAUACCGGGCUGCUACGGCGCCGGCGGCGCGCACACCGUCGACCUCUCCCACAACCGGCUCACCGGCGACCCGUCGUCGUCCCUGUUCGGGAUCACGCGGCCGGCCACCAAGAUCGACCUGUCGUGGAACGAGCUCGCGUUCGACAUGACCGGGGUGAGGUUCCCCCACCACCUCAGGUUCCUGGACCUCAGCCACAACCGGAUCACCGGGAGGGUGGCAAAGUCGCUCAUGGACAUCAAGCUGGAGCACUUCAACGUCAGCGACAACGAGCUCUGCGGCGAGAUACCGGCGGGGAGGUCCAUGUCGUCGCACGGGGCGGAGUGCUACGCUCGCAACAAGUGCCUGUGCGGCACUCCUCUGCCUCCCUGCCACGGUGGCCUCUAG